AUGUGUGUGUGUGAUAGUGAUGGUGGUGAUGGCGGUAGUGGUGGUGAUUGGAUGAGCGAGCGCAUAACGGCGACUGAUAGGCGUUUGAUAAGAGACUAUCAAGCGAUAUUGAACGCUAUGGUAGCUAAAACACCAAUUAUGCAACCAAUGGUUGGCACAUCGGCCGGUUCAACUCUUCCUACAGGAUUCCCUACGGCAAUGUCUGUUCCGGGCACAUCAUCAACGACUGGAGCACCUGCUCCUGGACCAACGGCUCCAUCAACGUCUGCAACAGCGACAGCAGCUGAUCAGCUGGUACAACAACAGCAGCAACCACAGCAGAAAGUAGAGGUGAGGACGAUGGGUGUAGUGAUAAUGAAUGGAUGCAGAAAAUAUUUUUCGAUUGGUGGAAGGGGAGCGAGGCGAACACAUGUGCUUUACUUCCAUAUUAAACGCUUAUGGUAGAG